GAGAAACACCGAACGAACUUUCUCCCUAUCCCUUUCCACGUCUACGCAUGCUGAAAGCUUCUACUAUCGAUCCACCUGCGCCCGAGCUUUCUCAUUCGCUUCACAACCUUCGCGAACGUCGUCUAGGUGAAAUCUCGUUAGCCGUUGCGAGCACAGCCGGAGGCAGAAAGAAUGGCCCGCCGCAUGGAUCACACCAAGGCGAUCUUCGUAUUUUGGUGUGUCUUGAGCACGGCCUACCUAGCGUACAGCGUGCCUAGCUCCUCGCCCUCGCCCUCGCCGCCAAAGUUGCAGGAGGAGCAGCCCUACACCACGCGUCGAACGCCCAAGGUUGUCAUUGACUUGCCCGUAUCCAAGUCUAGACUACCCCUGCCGGCGGUAAACUUCGAGUUGAAGAGUACAACGACAAUGACCUCGGAACCCACGUCGACGACCACGCACAGAUCCUUCUCUACCGAACAGCCUCUGUAUCGUUUGGACGGCAGCAACGGACAAGCCUGUAUUCUUCUGCAAGUAGACGCGCUGAUCGUGGUGAAAUAUCGAACGAAAUUCGGCGAAGAUCAAGAGGCGAACAUUUACGUUCCGAACGACGCUACGGUGACCGGGAACUGCAACAACGAGAACACAGUGACGAUGUCUCUCAAGUGGAAGGCGUUUGUACUUUCGUGGAGCUUCGCAAAGACACCCGGUGGCGAGCGAUGGUACGUCGAGAAGAUCGAAUUGACCUACAACUCGAGCGAUCGACACUUCGAGCACAUCGAUCAACCGAACAAGACAAUUCGAUUGAGCACCGGACAGAAGCACAGCCCCAUGUUGUUCCCAACGCCGGUUGGGAAAUCGUACGCCUGCGACGAAGAGACGCAAAUUCCCCUCACCGAUGGCAAGAACAACGCCAUCCUGCUCCUCAGAGACAUGAAGCUGCAGCCGUUCAAGUUCAAGAACAACGAAUUCGCGGCGGAAUUCUCCUGUACGUCGUUGAGUGCACGCGGAUUUCGGGACGAAACCGCGCCCGUCGCAGUUGGUUCGACGUUGGCUGCUGCCGUUCUCCUCACUAUCACCGGCUACGCGGUCUAUCGCUCUUUCGUACUGAAGAAAGUCAAGUACGACACUAUGGAGUAAGGAAUCCCUGGAAACACGCUGCCGAGGACGAUGCCGAAGGUAGCGCGCGACAACCCUCGCCGAGAACGACCAAUCUUUUCUACGAGAUUCUCCGUCUCCGUGGUGGUCGUCGUUGUCGCUGCCGCCGCCGUCGCCGCCAUCUCUUACCCGACCCAUAAACCACCGCCACCGACAGCUUUCGCGUGGCGAACUUUUUAAUAUUCAUUAGCUACGGAGCUAGGUUGAUCCGAGGGCGAGGCAGUCGUCCAUCUUGGAAGUUGUAUCGAUCGCGAAACGAUGCGUAGG